AAAACAAAAUUAUUUUUGUAUUUGUGUGAAGAUUUUCAAACAAAAAAAUCGUGUGUAGGUAAACUUUUUUGCGCGACCGGGGCUUUGUGUGGUCGAAAAGUUGGUCUGCAUCAGUGUUCUCGGGGUUUCGACAGCGUAUAGUGUGUUUGGAACGCUAAGUGUAUAUCUUCUUUUUCUCCUUCCUGCCGUAGUAGCUUAAACAACAAAACACAAACAUGGAUGCCAUCAAGAAGAAGAUGCAAGCGAUGAAGCUUGAAAAGGAUAACGCCAUUGACAAGGCCGAUACCUGUGAAAAUCAAGCUAAAGACGCCAAUGCUCGUUGCGAAAAAUUGAAUGAAGAAGUUCGCGAUUUGGAAAAGAAGUUGGUCCAAGUUGAAGCCGAUUUGGUUUCAUCCAAGGAACAAUUGGAAAAGGCCAAUCAUGAAUUGGAAGAGAAGGAAAAAUUGUUGACCGCCACCGAAUCUGAGGUAGCCACCUUGAAUCGCAAGGUCCAACAAAUUGAGGAAGAUUUGGAAAAAUCUGAAGAACGCUCAACCAGCGCCCAACAAAAGUUGUUGGAAGCUUCUCAAGCUGCUGAUGAAAACAACCGUAUGUGCCAAGUAUUGGAGAACCGUUCCCAACAGGAUGAGCAACGUAUGGAUCAAUUGACCAACCAAUUGAAGGAAGCCCGUAUGUUGGCUGAAGAUGCUGAUACCAAAUCCGAUGAAGUAUCCCGCAAGUUGGCCUUCGUUGAAGACGAGUUGGAAGUCGCUGAAGAUCGUGUACGUUCCGGCGAAGCCAAGAUCAUGGAACUCGAAGAAGAAUUGAAGGUUGUCGGUAACUCUUUGAAAUCUUUGGAAGUAUCCGAAGAAAAGGCCAACCAACGUGUCGAGGAAUUCAAGCGUGAAAUGAAGACCUUGACCGUUAAAUUGAAGGAAGCCGAACAACGUGCCGAACACGCUGAGAAGCACGUCAAGCGUCUCCAGAAGGAAGUCGACAGGCUAGAAGAUGAAUUGGGCAUCAACAAGGACAGAUACAAGUCUUUGGCCGAUGAAAUGGACUCCACAUUCGCCGAAUUGGCCGGUUAUUAAACGAAAUUUGUUGGUCUCUCUGUAAUAUGUUUUCCAUCUUGUAAAAAAAAAAAAUAAUAAAAUUAUACAAAAAGAACCGAAUCCUAACACCAUCAUCAUUCAGAUACCACCGUGCAGACAUGACCGCCCGCACACAUACACACACGCACACAACCAACUCUCCUCGCUACUUUCUAUUCGAUUGCCGUUCCGGGGCUGGAUAGAAGGCAGCUCGUCAGAUGUUGUGCUUAGAACAUACUACCUGCAUAUGAACAUAAACUAUAUCUAAUUGUUAAAGCAAAUGCCAAAAUAUCGAUAAUAAACUUUUAUUUUUCUUUGGAAAAACCUUUAUUUAUAUAUAAAUUAAUAAAAGAAAACUAUUUAAUU